UUUUGAUAUUAAACAGGAAGUUGAGUUAUGAUGAUAUAAGAUAUUUGUUCCCUGUUUGCGCAAAACCCCUCCAAAACCUCCAACAUUCAUCUCUGAAUUUGAUUCUAUCUUCUCAAAAUACGCAUUCUUCACAAAGAUUCAAACUUUUUACUUUUCCAAUGACCCAUUUCCAUUCUUCCCUCUGAAAACCACACACCACUCUCCUCUUUCCAUGGCUUCACUCCUUCCAACUCCACACUUUUCCACACCCCUUAUCUCCAAGCUCACUUCUUCCCCCAAAACUUGGAAACUCUUCAUCCUCCCCCACCCUUUAUACCCUAUAGCCCUUCACAUCAAGAAGAAAAACGUACUUCUUUUUCCCACCAAUGCAUUCUAUACGCAAGGGGUCUAUGCCCCUUCUUCUUCCCCUUCCAAAUUGGGGAACAGAACAGAGAAAAAGAAUGAGCUUGAGAAUGACUCAAUUGCCUUGCUCAACGAGAGAAUUCGUCGCGACUAUGGCAGCAGGGAGGUCUCAAGAACUGUUAUGGACUCAGAGGAGGCUGAUAGGUACAUACAGAUGGUGAAGGAGCAGCAGCAGAAGGGGUUGCAGAAGCUGAAGGGUGAGAGGAAGGAAGGGAAAGAUGGUACCUUCAGCUACAAGGUUGACCCUUAUACGCUUCAAUCCGGUGACUAUGUUGUUCACAAGAAGGUUGGUAUUGGGAGGUUUGUUGGGAUCAGGUUGGAUGUUCCAAAGAAUUCUACAGAACCUACUGAAUAUGUUUUCAUUGAGUAUGCUGAUGGGAUGGCGAAGCUUCCUCUUAAGCAGGCAUCGAAAAUGCUCUAUAGAUAUAGUCUUCCAAACGAGAACAAAAGACCUCGGACAUUGAGCAAGUUAAAUGAUAUUAGUAGUUGGGAGAAAAGAAAGAUUAAGGGGAAGGUUGCGAUACAGAAAAUGGUCGUUGACUUGAUGGAGCUCUAUCUACAUAGGCUCAAACAGAGAAGACCGCCGUACUCGAAAAGUCUUGCCAUGACUGAAUUUGCUGCUCAAUUUCCUUAUAAGCCUACACCUGAUCAACAACAGGCUUUUAUUGAUGUUGAGAGGGAUUUGACAGAGCGAGAAACUCCAAUGGACAGAUUAAUUUGUGGAGAUGUUGGUUUUGGCAAAACUGAGGUUGCACUACGUGCUAUCCACUGUGUUGUGUCAGCGAAAAAGCAAGCAAUGAUUCUAGCACCAACUAGAGUUCUAGCAAAACAACAUUUUGAUGUUAUAUCUGAACGCUUUUCUGUAUAUCCUGAUCUCAAAGUUGGACUACUAAGCAGGUUUCAGACCAGAGCAGAGAAAGAAGCACAAUUGGACAAGAUUAAGAAUGGUGACCUGGACAUUGUUGUUGGAACUCACUCGCUUCUUGGAGAUCGUGUUGUAUAUAACAAACUUGGCCUGCUCGUGAUUGAUGAGGAACAGAGGUUUGGUGUCAAACAGAAGGAGAGGAUUGCUUCUUUUAAAACUUCGGUGGACGUACUUACUCUAUCGGCAACCCCUAUCCCGAGAACUCUCUAUUUAGCCUUGACAGGGUUUCGUGAUGCUAGUUUAAUUACAACCCCACCUCCAGAAAGAGUUCCCAUCAAGACUCACCUUUCUGCAUUCAGUAAGGAUAGAGUAAUAUCGGCCAUCAAGUAUGAGCUCGACCGUGGCGGUCAAGUUUUUUAUGUUCUGCCACGUAUUAAAGGACUUGAAGAAGUAAUGUAUUUUCUUGAAGAGUCAUUCCCAGAUGUUGAAAUAGCCAUUGCCCAUGGGAAGCAAUACUCAAGGCAAUUAGAGGAUACCAUGGAUAGAUUUGCUUCAGGCGAAACAAAAAUCCUUAUCUGCACAAAUAUAGUAGAAAGUGGGCUUGAUAUUCAAAAUGCCAAUACCAUUAUCAUUCAAGAUGUUCAACAAUUUGGACUCGCACAGUUGUACCAGUUACGUGGAAGGGUUGGGCGAGCCGAUAAGGAAGCACAUGCACACUUAUUUUACCCUGAUAAAAGUAUGCUCUCUGACCAAGCACUGGAGAGGCUUGCAGCUCUUGAAGAAUGCCAUGAGCUUGGUCAAGGAUUCCAACUAGCCGAGCGAGACAUGGCUAUAAGAGGUUUUGGUACAAUAUUUGGUGAACAACAAACAGGAGAUGUCGGAAAUGUCGGCAUUGAUCUAUUCUUUGAGAUGCUCUUUGAGAGCUUGUCCAAGGUUGAAGAUCACCGUGUAGUUCCGGUUCCUUAUCACUCAGUGCAGGUAGACUUGAACAUCAAUCCGCAUCUCCCAUCUGAAUACAUAAAUUAUUUGGAGAACCCCAUGCAAAUAAUAAAUGAAGCUGAGAGAGUUGCGGAGAACGACAUAUGGAGUCUUGUGCAAUUUACGGAGAGUCUGCGCCGCCAAUUUGGCAAAGAGCCUCGGUCCAUGGAGAUUUUGUUGAAGAAGCUUUAUGUGAGGAGAAUGGCUGCUGAUAUGGGAAUAUCUGGAAUCUACUCUUCAGGGAAGACUAUCAUAAUGAAAACAAAUAUAAAUAAAAAGGUAUUCAAAAUUAUGAUAGAGUCAAUGGCAUCAGAAACACUAAAAAAUUCAUUGGUUCUUGAAGGUGACCAAAUCAAGGCCGAGCUUCUCUUAGAGCUACCAAAAGAACAACUCCUCAAUUGGCUUUUUCAAUGCUUGGCUGAACUUCAUGCUUCACUACCUGCCCUCAUAAAAUACUAGAAUUUUUUUAUCGACCAGUUCUGCCAGCAUGGUGGAGUUUGGAAACUUGAUUUGCAGCUUAAUUCACAAGUAUACAUUGUUUCGAUGGAUAUGCUGCAUCGAGAGCGACGAAUGGAACUAACUGAGAUUGUAUUGCUUUACUGACUAGGCUGCUACGAGAAAUCGAAACAAAUUAUUAAGGACGAUCAGAAUGUUGAAUACAUGAUGAUCCGAAUAGCGGCGAUGAGGUUAGCUGUUUGUUCUCGACUCUUUGCCAAGUGGCCAUGGAAAUCAAUUUGGCACUGGAAAAGAAUUUUAGUUUCAGAUGUUACGCUGAAUUUUGAUCAUCAAGGACUCCUUUAAAGGAUGCUGCUACCGCAGUAUUUUAAUUAUUUAUUUAUUCUUUUUGGUAUCUCUUUCAUUGGAGUUACCUGAUUUGGAGAAAUUCAAUAUGAAGAUUCAGGUUCUUCCUCUUGCUAAUACAUGGUAACAAAAGUAGGUUACUUGUUGCAAGAAAUAUAAUUCUGUUUAUUGUUGUUGUAGCUAUCAAAAUGCAGAAGUGCUUGUUUUUCUUUUCCCUCCUAGGAAUGUGUGUAACUUUAUAUGCCACUGUGGCAUGCAAUUGUAAUGGAAAUUAUUUGAGGAGACAUUUCUUAGAA